UUUAAGUAUUGAAAUUGAAUUUAAAAUAUUCUUAGUUAAUCUAUUGAUUCUAAAAUUCCUCCUUCUACCUUUAUAGCUCAAAUUUACAUUUACUACUAACAACCCUUUGUUAAACCAUAAUUAGAGAUUUUAUUUAUUAUGUGGUAGUUUUGUAUUGAUGGUAAAUUAAAUUAAUUAAAAUAUUGUUAUCUUAUAUCAAACUCCGGCGUCCGGCCCAACUAAAACUGUCGACCAAUCCAAUCUAUUAAACCCGAAGAAACUUGUUCAUGUAUGCUUUUGUGCAUAAGUGUAGUAGGAUCAUCACAAGGCGAGUUAUCUGCAAUUUGUGGUAUCUGCUAGGGCCAGUUGCAUUCUUGAUUUGCUCAAUUUGCUUGCAGAAACAAAUGCAAUCGCUAUUAAAUCCCAUCAUCUUUUCUAACCAUUGUAACAGCAAAUUCAUUCUUAUUAUUAUUGUCAUCAGCAGUAGUACAACUGAAUUGAGAGCUGGAACUCUUCAAUCAUCAAAAAGAUUCUUGUCAUGGAAGAGGAAAAGAUUGGCUAUGGUCUGCCAGUUUGGUCCAUUAAAUUUAGGACUCCAAUAUGCAGAGUAAAAGAUUCCAAGGUGAAAUAGAAAAACACUGAUGAAAUGCGCUAUCCACAAGUCUCAUCAACUACAUGUGAGAAACAUGUCAGUAUUUAUUUAAAAGCGCUCCGGUAGUUUUAGUUGGGUUCAAGUUUGAUUAUAAGAAUUUACUAAAAUUUCUAAUUAUGGUAAGGGUAAAUUUGGGUCGUAAAGGUGGAUGGAUGGAAGGAUAUUUUAGAGCCGAUAAGUUAACGAAAGGUAUUCUAGGGCCAAUUUCAAUACUCGAAGACCCUUUUUGUAUAAUAUUAUCACACCAUAUAACACUGUCACACCAUGUUAAUAGUCAGUUGUUACCUGUAACUGAUUCCCAAAUUGGCUAAGCUAACCAUUGCUCUUCCUUCUAUAAAAUUUAAUAACAACUUCCCUUUGCCCAACUAACUACUUUCUUCUCCAUCAUUCUUUCUUUCUUUCUGAGAUCCCAAUGGAUUGCAUUCGGUUAACCUCUGAAUCUCCAUAUGUUCUUCUGCUUAAUGCUGCUUUCUUGAUACCCAUCGCUCAUUAUGUACUGGCAUUUCUGUUUUUACUCUCUUUAUUCCUUUACAAUUUCGUGGAAAUGUACUUCAUACAAGAAUUAUUCACUGCAUUUAGGGGACAACGUGUCUCUUUGACCUUUAAUUCUUCUUGUGACCUCUAUCAAGAAGUUGUUUCCAAGUGUAAAAUGCUCCAUGGCAGGUUUUCUUCUACUCCAUGGCUUUGCAGUCCUCAUCUUCAGACUGUUUUUUUGCAGUUGUUUGAAAGAAUACCUGCUUGCAACUAUCAAAGACAGAUAUUUAAAACAACUGAUGGUGAGACAAUUGCUCUGGAUUGGCUACGGAAUGUGGAUGUUAAAAAAACAUACAAGGAAGGUUCUGAUGGAGUUCCGAGUGAUGAUAAAACUCCCAUCAUUUUGGUGAUUCCUGGUUUAACAAGCGACUCUAAUUCUGCUUACGUCAAGCAUCUUGCUUUAAAGAUGACUAAAUCUGGAUGGAAUGUUGUCGUGAGCAAUCAUCGGGGUCUCGGGGGAUUGUCAAUAACUGUGAGUACUCCUUCCUUAAGCAAAGAUUUAAUCUCUUCCAGUUGAGUUCACUUUAUCAAUGCCGUGAACUUUCUAAUUUUGUGUUGCUGUCGCGUCAGAUUGUUUUGAUCUGGAACUGCCUUAUUAAUAUUUCAAAAGCACAAAAUUGUAAGAUUAGGUGCAUAGCUGCACAACGUUGAAGAAUUUCUUUUCCCGCUCCUUUCACCAAGUAAAUCUUAUGUGUUACAGCUUCAUAUUAGCAACCUAGAGAUACAGAUAUUCUGUGCAUUAAUAUAUUUGCAGCAUCCUGCAGAAGUAAUCGGUCAUAAGGAAUAAAUUGAGCAGUAGUUUUUUAUUCAGAUGGGGAUCAAAGUACUGUACUUGCUUUCCUGGUCAAAGUGACACUUAUGAAUGAAGUUUCCUGUAGGUUGAUCGUAGUCUUUGCUCAAGGAAUAUGUUUAUUUUAGUUAUCAUGUCUAAGGAAAUACAGUAGUCCCCUAUAUGCCACAG